AUGAUAAAUGAUCACACAUGCUGUACAAAGAGACCACCACUGGAGAUUACCUGUGACAAGAGACCACCACUGGAGACUACCUGUGACAAGAGACCACCACUGGAGACUACCUGUGAUAAGAGACCACCACUGGAGACUACCUGUGAUAAGAGACCACCACUGGAGACUACAUGUGACAAGAGACAACCACUGGAGACUACCUGUGGCAAGAGACCAUCACUGGAGACUACCUGUGACAAGAGGCCACCACAGGAGACUACAUGUGAUAAGAGACCACCACUGGAGACUACCUGUGGCAAGAGACCACCACUGGAGACUACAUGUGACAAGAGACCACCACUGGAGACUACAUGUGAUAAGAGACCAUCACUGGAGACUACAUGUGAUAAGAGACCACCACUGGAGACUACCUGUGACAAGAGACCACCACUGGAGACUACCUGUGACAAGAGACCACCACUGGAGACUACCUGUGAUAAGAGACCAUCACUGGAGACUACAUGUGACAAGAGACCACCACUGGAGACUACAUGUGACAAGAGACCACCACUGGAGACUACAUGUGACAAGAGACAACCACUGGAGACUACCUGUGACAAGAGACCACCACUGGAGACUACAUGUGACAAGAGACCACCACUGGAGACUACCUGUGAUAAGAGACCACCACUGGAGACUACCUGUGACAAGAGAAAACCACUGAAGACUACAUGUGACAAGAAACCACCACUGGAGACUACAUGUGACAAGAGACCACCACUGGAGACUACCUGUGACAAGAGAUCACCACUGGAGACUACCUGUGACAAGAGACAACCACUGGAGACUACAUGUGAUAAGAGACCACCACUGGAGACUACCUGUGAUAAGAGACCACCACUGGAGACUACAUGUGAUAAGAGACCACCACUGGAGACUACCUGUGACAAGAUACCACCACUGGAGACUACAUGUGAUAAGAGACUACCACUGGAGACUACCUGUGGCAAGAGACCACCACUGGAGACUACCUGUGAUAAGAGACCACCACUGGAGACUACCUGUGACAAGAGACCACCACUGGAGACUACAUGUGAUAAGAGACCACCACUGGAGACUACCUGUGAUAAGAGACCACCACUGGAGACUACAUGUGACAAGAGACAACCACUGGAGACUACCUGUGGCAAGAGACCACCACUGGAGACUACCUGUGGCAAGAGACCACCACUGGAGACUACCUGUGACAAGAGGCCACCACAGGAGACUACAUGUGAUAAGAGACCACCACUGGAGACUACCUGUGAUAAGAGACCACCACUGGAGACUACAUGUGGCAAGAGACCACCACUGGAGACUACCUGUGGCAAGAGACCACCACUGGAGACAACCUGUGACAAGAGACCAUCACUGGAGACUACCUGUGAUAAGAGACCGCCUUUAUCUAUUAAGAGACCAUUAAGAGACCCCUUAUAA